AUGCUUGUGUUUACAGGUUUUUGUUCAUCUGAUCGUGAAGGAUUUGGAGGGACCCUUCACAUUGGUGGCUCUAUCACAACAUCUCAACAUAGAGACAAUUUGGUGAAGAAAAAUGGAUUCAACCCUUCUCCACUAGACUUGUUUCGCUCUACACAUCAACGCAAGGAUGGCACAUUUGUGGAUAAGAAAUCAGAGCAUGUAGAUGGUACAUAUGUGCGUGAAAUGGAAGAUAGGACGCAAAGAGCAUAUGAGCAAAAUCUUCCUCCGCCAAAUGAGCUAGAUGUGUGGCGGGAAGUGGCUGGCAUGAAAAAGGGUAGAAUAUAUGGGUUGGGAUUGGAGUCCAUUGUUAUCAAUAAGCAAUAUCAUGGCUCAUGUUCUUCAUCAUCUGAAUGGGUAAGAAGAUCAUAAUUUGAUCAAUUGAGAAACACUAUUAUGGAGGAGACUCAAAGAAUGGUAAAACAAAUGAUGGAAGAAAGGAUGCAACGACCACCAAUACCAACCCCAAAUCAAGAGGAGUUAGAAACUGAGGAGUCAGAGAAUGAGGAGGAUCUUGGUGUUUUUCCAUGAAAACUUUGUCAAGCUUUGUUUCUAUAUUUAAUGUAAUAGACUAUGUUUAAUGUAAUAGUAAUCUACUUGACUAGUUUAAGUAGUUCAUGGUAUACUUUUUGUGAUGAUUCAGUGAUGAAUUUAGGUGGAUAUGUUAAGAUUGUGUGUUUUGUGAUGAUUCA